AUGUCGCGACGGAAGCAGGCGAAGCCCCAGCACAUCAACUCCGAGGAGCAGCCCCCAGAUGCUGCAAGGAGUCCACAAGACGUCCCAGGUGAUAGAGAUGGUGAAAUGAGUUCCAAAAGGUGCCGCACGGAGGAAACCAAAAUCUGCGAGAAAUGCUGUGCAGAAUUCUUUGUUCUCUCUGAAUUCCUUGAGCAUAAGAAAAAUUGCACUAAAAACCCGCCUGUUCUGAUCAUGAACGACAGCGAGGGAGCAGUGCCCCCUGAGAGCUUCCCCGAGGCUCCUCUGGGGCCCUUCCCGAGCGACCGCUUGGACGGCAGGGCGCGCAAGGACAUUCAGGCCAAGGGCUGCGCUGCCUCCGUGGAAAAGAGAGAAGGAAAAAUGGAUGCUGAGCCGGUGGGAGGAAUGUACCUUAAAAUAGAGCCCCCCCUGACGCCUGCGGCCCCCGGCCUGAGCUAUCUACCAAAACCCAAAGUACCGAACACUAACGUGACCCUGCAGACCAUCCGUGGCACUAAGGUGGCCGUGAACCAGCGGACGUCGGACGCCAUCUCCUCCUCGGCGGCCGGGUUCAACGCCAUCCCCAUGAUCCUGGAGCAGCUGGUGUGCCUGCAGCAGCAGCAGCUCCAGCAGAUCCAGCUGACGGAGCAGAUCCGCAUCCAGAUCGCCAUGAUGGCUCCCCACGCCCUGCACCCCUCCAUCGCGGCUGCUGCUGACCCGCUCAAGGCUCUGGGGGCCCACAUGUCCCAGCAGCUCUCGGCUGCCGUGGCUCUAAUCGGACAGAAGGCUGGGAGCCAGAGCCUAUCCCUGGAAUCCUUGAAGCAAGGAAAACUACCUCACUCUAACACUGGCAUUGCGGCCGCCAGCUCGCUGGCUGCUGGGCUCUCCUCCUCCUUCCCCCUGAAGCCAGAGGGGAGCCGAGGCCUGCCCGGCUCCAUCUCUCAGUUCCCAAAUCCUUUGCUACCUCAGUCCUCCGGCUCGGUCAUCUUCCAGAACCCGCUUUCGGCCGUCUCGUCCGUGAUGGAUUCCUCAAAGAAAGGCAAGGGGAAACCGCCCAACAUCAGCGUGUCUGAAAGCAAACCCAGCACGGAGGAGCCGUUCUUCAAACACAAAUGUAAAUUCUGUGGGAAGGUCUUUGGCAACGACAGUGCCCUGCAGAUCCACCUCCGCUCCCACACCGGGGAAAGGCCCUAUAAGUGUAAUAUCUGUGGGAACCGCUUCACCACCAAAGGAAACCUCAAAGUGCAUUUUCAGCGUCACAAAGACAAGUACCCCCACAUAAAGAUGAAUCCUUACCCAGUUCCUGAGCACCUGGACAAUGUCCCUACCAGCACUGGAAUUCCGUACGGGAUGUCUGUGCCACUGGAUGAGUCCAACCUGAUUGUGGACAGCAAACCUCUCCUAACAACUCUGCCUACCUCUGCGGCCAGCGGCACACCUCAGGCCAUCUCCAGCCUGGCAGGCAUCAAGGAGGCUCUGCCUGGUACAUUCUCCAGCGAGCUGCAGUCCAGGCCCUCUCCCGAAAGCGAGGGUGGCUCCUCCUCGUCGGGGGCGGUCGGCCACGAGUCGGGAACGGAGCAGAGCUUGAGCUCACCACAAGCUGCCUGCAGCGUGAGCAUCUUCCACGUGGGUGGGUCAAACGAGCAAGGCUCAGAGACAUCCAAGCUCCAGCAGCUGGUUGAAAAUAUCGACAAGUCCACUUCUGACCCCAACGAGUGCCUGAUCUGUCACAGAGUGCUGAGCUGCCAGAGCUCGCUGAAGAUGCAUUACCGCACCCACACCGGGGAGAGGCCGUUCAAGUGCAAGAUCUGUGGCCGUGCCUUCUCCACUAAAGGGAACCUCAAAACCCACUAUGGUGUGCACAGGGCCAACACCCCCUUGAAGAUGCAGCACUCGUGUCCCAUUUGCCAGAAGAAGUUUACAAACGCCGUGGUGCUGCAGCAGCACAUCCGCAUGCACAUGGGCGGGCAGAUCCCCAACACCCCCAUGCCAGAGCCCCCCUGCGACACCGAGGGGGAUCCUGCCCUGCCCGAGAAGAACGGAGACAUCGGGCGCCCAGAGGAGAUCGUGGAAAGCAUAGACAUGGAAGACGACAUGGACUCUCAGGAUGGCCCCAGGAGCUCCUCCAAACCUCCCACUCCGUACGAUGCACAAUCAGAGUCGCCUGCUGCGGCCGCCUCCUUCUCUGGGGUGACAGCGCUGGAGAACCAGAUGAAGAUGGUGGGCUCCUCGCUGAGCUUGCAGCGGCAGAGCAGUCUGAAGUCCAGCGACAACGGCUCGGCAGAGAGCGAUGGCAUGACCAACGACUCGUCCUCGGUGGUGGGCGAUGCCGACUACCAGAACGGCCGCAGCCCCGCCGCCUCCGAGGCUGCCUCGCUGCAGGCACCGUCCCCGGCCAACAGCCAGGCUGAGAGCAUCAGGUCCAAGUCACCUGCCUUCACCAGCCAGGAGGAUUCGGGCACGGGGAGUAAAGCAGAGGGUGCUGAGAACGCUCCUGUGGAAGUGGAAGGUCGCAGCAGUAUUCCAGCUGCGUUUGUCAGAGCCCCACCGGCCCUGAUAAAAAUGGAGCUGCCCAGCGAUCGCCCCCUCAGCGCCGGCCCCUUCAUCGGCCCCCCAGCUCUGUCCCCCGGGGUCGCCCCUCUGCUGGUGCCGCGCCCCAAGUUCUGCCGUCCUGCCAAACAGCACAUCUGCACUACCUGUGGCAAGAACUUCUCCUCUGCCAGCGCCCUGCAGAUCCACGAGCGCACCCACACCGGGGAGAAGCCCUUUGCCUGCACCAUCUGUGGGAGAGCCUUCACCACCAAGGGCAACCUGAAGGUCCACGUAGGAACCCACAUGUGGAACAACUCAGCCAGGCGGGGCAGGCGCCUGUCCAUCGACAACCCCAUGGCCCUGCUGGGCAGCGACCCCAAGAAGGUGUCGGAGAUGUUCCCCAAGGAGAUGGUGGCGCCCUCGGUGAGCAUCGACCCCGCCGUGUGGAACCAGUACGCGGCCGUGCUCAGCAACGGGCUGGCCGUGAAGGCCAACGAGAUCUCGGUGAUCCAGAGCGGGGCCCUGCCCGCCCUGCCCGUGCCCCUGCCCGGGGGCUCGCCCCUGAACUCUGCCCCGGCUGCCAAGGCAGAGCCGGCCCAGGCUGGCGCUGCCGAGGCGGAGAAGGCGGGCGCUGCUGCUGCAGACAGCGUGCCAAAACACCAGUUCCCUCUCUUCCUGGAGGAGAACAAAAUCGCCGUCAGCUAA